AUGAGUGUCCAACUACCCCCACCCACACACCGCAAGCGCGCGCUGCCACAAGGCGAGCUCGAAGCCGCCUCCACGCUCAAGCUAGGCGCUGACCAACACACACACACUCUCUCGCUAUCCGAAGCACGACUCGUUAUCCACAAGGUGUUGGAGAACAAGCGGCGCGGGGGGAAUAAAUACGAAGAGCCGGAGAACCUGACCAAGACCUUGGAUUACUUGGACGUGUUUGCGCGGUUCAAGGAUGAGGAGAAUAUCAAGGCCGUCGAGCGACUUUUGAACUCUCACACGGAACUGGAGAUGUUUGAGCGGUCACAGCUGGGCAGUUUAUGUUGUGACAAUGCCGAGGAGGCCAAGUCUCUCAUCCCGAGUCUCCAGAACAAGAUCUCGGACAGCGACUUGCAAGAAUUGCUAGAUGAACUGACCAAGCUGCGCAACUUCACCGAUCACUUGCAGGCUCAUCCGCCUGAUAUAUCUCUGAUCUCCGGUGCCGGCUCUGGAUUAUCAGAUAACACACCUGUUUUCCCUGAUAAGCAAAAAAGAAUCCCAAGAGAUUGCGGAGUUACACGUCUGGAGCACAACUCCGUGCUCCGUGAAGACCCUUAUCACCUUCGAUCUCCGUUCCUAUUUGCCCGUGCCUCAGGGCUAGCUCCGGUCCACCGUCCACAUGGCUACCGUUAUCACUCUCCAGCCGGGAUAUUCCCAAACCCAUUCUCCUGA